AUGCCGACAUGUCGAUAUGAUGGAAGAGGAGAUCCCAGUAGAUACAUAACUUCAUACGAAGGACAUAUGAUCCUAUACACCAACUCGGAUGUUGUAUGGUGUAAAGUGUUUCCAACCACUCUGACUGGGGCUGCGGCGGAUUGGUUCAACAAUCUAGGGAAUGGAACAAUUGAUAGCUUUCAUAAGCUGGCUGAGAUAUUUGUAGGGAAAUAUAUAAGUAAUAGUGUGCGGCAGAUAACUUCAGGAGAGUUGAUGGCUGUUGGGAAAAAGUCAGAUGAGUCUCUAAGGGACUACAUAAGGAGAUUUAAUAAUGAGGCCAAUACAAUCCCGAAAUUGCAGCAAGAGAUAGCGGUUAUGGCGUUGAUGAAUGGUCUUAACGACUCAGAAUUCAAAAGGUACUCACUACAAGAAUCAGGUCGAAUUCCGACGGAUUAG